UGCGGCGGGUGCAGAGGGGCUUUUGUUGCACCCAGGUCGGGAGAGAGAGGAGCCGAGGCUCAGUCUGAUCUCUGGGAGCCUAAAUUACUCCGAUCUGCACUGAAACAUCGGGCCUGUCUGAUUAAUCCGGGUCUGAUCUGAGUCCCGCUCGCACCCACAGCUCGGCCCGCGGCUCCUCGGUUCGGUUCCGUCCACACAUCUGUGCUCUGCUCCCCGGAUCUGGUUUUAUUCUCUGGAUUUGUUUAGAAUGGGAAACGCUGAAGACCCUGUACGAAAAAGGGAAACUUAAGGAUGCUGGAGCAGAACAAUGGAUUUCUCCUUCUCUUUCAUGCACGGGAUCAUGGGAAACACAAUCCAACAACCUCCUCAGCUCAUUGACUCGGCCAACAUCAGACAGGACGACGUGUAUGAUGCCAUCAGCGACCCCGGGGACGAGGGCGGCCCGUCUGCCUACGAUUCGCCCCUUGAUCCGGGGUUUCCCUACCCUCCCGACGACCUCGGGGUCGUCGCCAACGGCUACCAAACGGGAAUCGGCACCUACGAACAGCCUGCCAAGUUCGCUCUGUACUCGCAGUUCCCCAACGGCUCUGCCAACGGCUACGGCGCCAUCCGCAACUAUCACCCCGACCACGGCCUGGUGUUAGGGGAGGGGACGGUCCUGAGGUCGCCUGUGGUGCAGGAAAAACCUUCGUCUCACGUCUCCUCUCCUCCUCUUCCUCAUCCUCACCCUCACUCGCAUCUUCAUCAUCAACCUCAUCCUCCUCAACCUCAUCAACAUCAGCCGCAACCACAGCAGCAGCAGCAGCAGCAGCAUCCUCCAAAUCCUCAACUCCUACCUCAUCAUCCUCAUCAUCAUUCCUCUUCCUCACAUCACCUAGCCCCGGUUUACCCCCCACCUCCUCUCAUCCUCCCGUCCUCUCCACCUCCCCUUCCCCCCUCCGUCCAGGACGCACCCGCCGCAGAGCCCGUCACCCCCAAAAAGACGAACUCUCCGGAGAUCAAGAUUAAGAUCAUAAAGACGUACCAGAACGGGCGUGAGCUGUUCGAGUCCUCGCUCUGCGGAGACCUUCUGCACGAGUUCCAGCACUCGCCCAGGAGGAACGAGCACAAGAAGGAGAAGAGAAAAAAGAAAAACGGGAGACACGCCGGACUCACGGAGCAGGACGCCAAGCCCGGUGAGGGUCAGACCGUCGUACAGGAGCAGCAGCUCGUCCCCAGUCUCAAAAUCCCCAAACUGGAAACUAAAGAGUACAGGGUGGACACGCCCUCGACCCCCGUGUGUAUGGAGUACCAGAUUGGGGACCUGGUGUGGGCCAAAGUAGGAACGUUCCCGUGGUGGCCCUGCAUGGUCUCCUCCGACCCUCAGCUCAAAGUCCACACCCGUAUCAACACCCGAGGUCACCACGAGUACCACGUGCAGUUUUUCGGCAGUGUGGCCGAGCGGGCGUGGAUCCAUGAGAAGAGGAUCGUGUUGUAUAAAGGGGAGAGUCAGUUUGAGGAGCUACAGGCCGAAACGUUACGCAGAACCAGCAAUCCAUCCGAGAGACAGAAGCUGCUGAAGCCUCAGUCUCAGAAGGAGCGCGGUCAGUGGGAGGUGGGCGUCGGCCACGCCGAGGCGGCGCUGAGCAUGACCCGGGAGGAGCGGAACGAAAAUUACACCUUCAUUUACGUCGACAAGGCGCCCAACGAAGAACCCGCCACCGACCCCGUCACCCCAACCAGGACCAAAAAACCCAAGCGUCCGAAGAUCUCCAGGAUGGUGAAGCAGGAGGAACCGGCCUCCUCGCAGCCUCGCCGCCAGCAACCUCGCCGCCAGUGCAGCCUCACGGAGAGUCAGCAGGAGAAGGCGGAGUCUCCCGACGAAGCGGAGGAGCGGUCCCCGCCCCCUCCGGUACGCACGCCGUGGAAGACGGCGGCCGCUCGGAAGCUGCUGCCGCUCUCGGUCACCAUGAAGAAACUCAACGUGGAGAUCGUGAAGUGUGACUGGCAGCUUCCCAAAGUGAGGGUGGAGCCGAUAAAGGAGGAGAAAGGAGAAAAAGGAGCGGCGGAGGGUUCCUGUGAUACAGCAGAAGGUGAAACGUUCUCCAGUGAGGAGGAGAGAACGACGUGGAGUGAAUCAGAGAGUGUAGAACACAAACCCAGCGCUACAGAACCCAGCUCAGAAUCCAUGGAGCGGAAGCUUCUGAGGAGGUGUGUGAGGAGUCGUUCUGAGUUGGAGAAAACCGUAGAUCCAGUUCCAAAGAAGAAGCUGAAGAAAGAACAGAUGGAGGCGACGCCUCAGAUGGACUUUAAAACAGGAUCACAGAAAGGUGCGAGUGAAAUCUCUGACUCAUGUAAACCGCUAAAGAAACGCAGUCGAGCCUCCACUGAUGUUGAAGUGACCAGCUCCAUUUACAGAGACACGUCUGACUCCGACUCCAGGGGCCUCAACGAUAUACAGAGUAUGUUUGAGAAGAGAUUGGACAGUCCUGCUACCGUGGAUGCUGACGGGUCUGAUGCUCAGUCGGUGGACUCGAACCUUUCUCGACAGGGCUGUAACUCCAAACAUGACAUGGUGUGCCAGGUGUGUGAGAGGUGUGCUGAUAACCUCCUGUGCUGUGAGGGCGAGUGUAACAGGUUUUUUCACGCUGAAUGUUUGGUGUCCACUGGAGCCACAGAGGGGGAAAACAUCUGCACCCAGUGUAAAACAGGUUCUCAGGCGUGUUUCUCGUGUAAGCGCGUCGAUGGAGAUAUAAAACCGUGCUCGGUGAGCGAUUGUGGACGCUUUUAUCACGACUCCUGUGUUCGGAAGUACGGUGGCGGUGCCGCCGACUCCAGAGGUCUGAGAUGCCCUCAGCACUGCUGCGCCACCUGCUGGCUGGAGAAGGACUCACAAAAAGCUGUCAAAGGCCGGCUGAUGCGCUGUAUCCGGUGUCCCGCGGCGUACCACGUGGGGGACGUGUGUGUACCAGCGGGGAGCGUGGUGCUGACCCCUCACGUGAUGAUCUGCAGCUCUCACUCCAGCUCGAGGAAGAACGGCCACCUCUGCUCGCCCGUAAACGUAGGCUGGUGUUUCGUUUGUUCUCGAGGGCGCUUAGUGCACGACCUCACUGACACCGUAUUAAGUUCUUAUACGUUUAAGUCUCACUACCUUCUGACUGAGUCAAAUCGUGCUGAGUUGAUGAAAUUACCUCUGAUUCCUUCUCCUUCGUCAGCUACCCAAAAGAACCCGGCCAAAGGAGGAAGACUCCUGUGCUGCGAGGCGUGUCCGGCCGCCUUCCACCCGUCCUGUUUGAACAUGGAGAUGCCGGAGGGCUCGUGGCUCUGCGCCGAAUGCCGAGCGGGGAAGAAGCCGCGCUACAAACAGAUCGUCUGGGUCAAACUGGGAAACUACAGGUGGUGGCCGGCCGAGAUCUGUAACCCUCGCCUGGUCCCGUCCAACAUCCAGAACCUGAAACACGACAUCGGGGACUUCCCCGUCUUCUUCUUCGGCUCGCACGACUACUACUGGAUCCACCAGGGGCGCGUCUUCCCCUACCUGGAGAACGACAAGAACUUCGCCGAGGGACAGAUCGGGAUCAACAAGACCUUCAAAAAAGCUCUGGAUGAGGCAGCGAAGAGGUUUCAGGAGUUGAGGUCUCAGCGUGAAUCCAAAGAAGCUCUGGAGCAGGAGAGGAACUCACGGAGACCCUCACCAUACAAACUGAUCAAGUGUAAUAAGCCGUUCGGGAAGGUUCAGGUGCGAGUGGCCGACCCGUCCGAGAUCCCCCGCUGUAACUGCAUGCCGAGUGACGAGCGCCCGUGCGGGCAGGACUCGGAGUGUGUGAACCGGGCGCUGCAGUACGAGUGCCACCCACAGGUGUGCGCCGCCGCCGAGCGCUGCCUCAACCAGAACUUCUGCAAACGCCAGUACCCCAAAACCGAGGUGGUCAAGACCGAGACGCGGGGGUGGGGCCUCAAAACCAAACAGGACCUCAAAAAGGGAGAUUUUGUGAUGGAGUACGUCGGGGAGCUGAUCGAUCCGGACGAGUGUCGGCAGAGACUCGGCCACGCCAGCAGGAACCACAUCACCAACUUCUACAUGCUCACCCUCACCAAGGACCGUGUGAUCGAUGCCGGGCUGAAAGGGAACCUGUCUCGCUUCAUCAAUCACAGCUGCAGUCCAAACUGUGAGACGCAGAAGUGGACGGUGAACGGAGACCUCCGCAUCGGACUCUUCACUCUGUGUGACAUCACUGCAGACACUGAGCUGACGUUUAACUAUAAUCUGGACUGUUUGGGGAACGGAAGGACGACGUGUCACUGCGGAUCAGAGAACUGCAGCGGCUUCCUGGGUGUCCGACCAAAGAGCGCGGUGGCGAUGGAGAAGGAGGAGAAGGUGAGGAACUCCAGGAGGAAGAGGAAGGUGAAGGCGGAGAGUCGCACCCAUGACUAUUACUGUUACUGCUGCGGAGAGGGCGGAGAACUCGUCAUGUGCGACAGGAAGGACUGUCCGAGAGCCUAUCACCUGCUCUGCCUCAACCUGACCACGCCCCCUUUCGGUCGCUGGGAAUGCCCGUGGCACCAGUGCAGCGUGUGCCAGCGCCCCGCCUCGGCGUUCUGCCACUUUUGCCCCGCCUCGUUCUGUCAGGACCACGGAGCCGGCCAGUUGUCACGUUCAGCACAGGAGAACCGGCUCUGCUGCCCCAGACACGACCCCGAACUAGCACCCAGCCUCCCUGCCGCGCCCCGGGGGAAGCAGGAGUCGGACGGGGAGCACGAGGAAGACGAGGAGGCCGAGAUGGAGGCGGAGGACGAGCGGGAGUGACGGAGCCAAAGUUUUCAUUCGGACUGAAAAUGAAUGAAUCAAACCCGAGUGGUGACUGGAAAUCAGAAUAAACUGGGCUCCACCUGCAGCUAGGGGGCGCUGCGCCGCCCGGAUUCUAUAAAUAUCAGUUAUUAUUGUCCAUUCCAGUCGUUUUCCAGGUGAAUAGUCACGUUUUAUGGCUUCACUCCUUCAGAUACGGUGUUAGAAUUGUGGC